GCUGCUUCAAGGCCUCUUUCGGUUCUAAGCACAGGCCCACUGCGCCAUGUCAGCCAGCCAUGGCGUCUCGAUGAUGCGACUCUGUGUAGCGUGCUAUUUCUGGAUCUCCGGUGGUCUCGCAGCAAGCUCUCGACCUGGCGUGGUGAAUGCGCAGCACCCAGAUCCCAGCUUCGUGGCAAACCUCGUGGCGUACCACACCGAAGUCCUUGAGACUGCUGUGGCACAGCUUUCCAGUGGCAAACCUUUUACUGACUGGAUCUUCGAUGACGAUACAGCUGACUUCCCUAAAACUGUAGCUCUGGAGGAGAAAGCCCAAGUUCAGCACUCACUGAAGAAGGCACUCCAGAGCUUGGUGACCUGUGUUGAACGCCUAUCCCUCGGAAAAGCUUUGGCCGACCAUGUCUUCCAGACAGACUCAGGGCAGCUACUAGAGCCGAAGAUCCCAACCCGGUCAGCCUCAAUGCCUUCGCGACAGUCGCGACAUGCAAUGUCUUCGCGAUAUGCAGCAAAGGUGGCGGCAUUGGAACCCCGACAGGUGUCAGUUCUGCUUGAAAAGGAAAACGAAAUGUUGGCCAUGGGAAUUUCCAAGCUCUCUGCUGGCAAGCCGCUGGCGGAUUACAUCUUUGGAAUGGACACAGGAGAGCUUCCACGACAGGUGCCCAGCGAGAUGUAUCUGCAAUGGCUCAUUGAGGAUCAAAGUUUGGCUCAGCACACUCUGAAUGCCACCAAUGCCAUGCUGGCACGCGCCGUGUCCAGCUUGUCAGCUGGGAAAGCAUUAGCGGAUGCUGUUUUCGGUUCUGAUACCAGCCACUUAAUAUCACCUUCACCGUAAGAUGUGAAAAAGCGAAUGCAUCCUCGCACUGUGGUUUGGUUUGCUUCUUG